CCACGUUGAAAGACAUCGAAUCGUCACUAAGGAUUUCGCCCCGCCGGUGACUCCUUCCACUCUUUUCCUUCUCAAACCUCCGGGGUCCGUCCAGUCUGGACCCCUCGAAUUGCGAAUUGCCGACCAACUACCAAUCGAAACAACUCUUAUCUUGAUUGAUGAGAGAAUCUUUAGAUCCUCGUCACUAAACCAAGCUCUCUAUCUUAAAUUUAUUGAUAAUUUAUUUCCUUUUUCUUUUGUUCUUCUAGCGGAAUUAGUAGUAGUCUUUGCAUGACGUCGCCAGACGUUAAUCUUCAGCUCUUUGCGCCGUGUUUGCCAUCCUCGAUAGGACGAGCUUGGCCUCAACAGCUAUCAACACCAUGAGCUCUGGCCAGUCAAACCUGGGAGGCAAAUCCCUCUCUUCUCCGACGCCCUAUACUCCAAACUCCCAACCUAUCUCGGUUCCCGCGCCCAGCUUCGAAACCAAUUCUCGCCGUUCCGGUCUGUCGAGCCCGUCGUUCCCGAAUUCAGCUCCGAGGAAGGGACAAGGGUCGAGGAAACAGCACCGGAAUCAGCGAAGGCCGCUGAAUGAGGAUGAUGCCAUGGCAGAGCUCAGGGCCGUCAGAAACACUUCGAGCCGUCGAGGCCAAACUUCCAUCACCCAUCUCCUAAACUACUCCGCCCCAACGCGUAAUCAUCACGAAUAUCCUAGAUCGAGUCGUAGACAUGCUACCUGGGGCCCCGGUUCUGGCUACCAUGUCGUUGAUAAGGCAAGGUUUGUUCAUGCCAAUUAUCGGUUUGUAGUUUCACCCACUGGGGACUACUCUUCCCAGGCCGCGGAUGCCGACAAGUAUCUCGAGUGGUCCGACGUAUUACAAAUCAUAGCUUCCGCCGAAUCCCAAACCACAGCAUGUCCAAUCUGCCUGUCGGAUCCCGUAGCCCCUCGCAUGGCGCACUGCGGCCACAUAUUCUGCUUGCCGUGCCUAUUGCGAUUCAUGAAUUCAACCAACGACGACGAGCCGAGCCCCCGGAAAGAAGCGAGAUGGAAGAAAUGUCCUAUAUGUGAGGACUCGUUCCGGCUUUCCGAAGUCAAGCCAGUGCGUUUCUAUGCCGGCCAGGAAAACCCUUUGCCGAGACCAGGGGAAGAUGUCGUACUGAGAUUAAUGGUACGAGACUCGGGCUCUACUUUGGCCUUGCCAAACGAGGGAGGCCAGGAUGUCGUCAAUUUGGGGGAGGAUAUCCCAUGGCAUUUUGCGGCAAACGUUAUGGAUUACGCCAGAGUGAUGAAAGGGACGAACGACUACGUAGUAGGGCAGUAUGAAAGGGAGAUGACUGAUUUACGGGAUCAGGCACUAGCGGACGAGAUGCAAUUUGGUCAAGAAGACGGAGGUUGGACGCAACGAGCUGUUAAAGCCAUCAACACAGCCGUGGACAAGAUUCGCGAUGAGCCGAGCGAAGAGUUAUUACAGCCAGGCAAUACUUUGAAAGCAAAGCAACCAGCCAGUCAGAAGUUUUAUUUCUACACAGCGCCUCCACACCUAUAUUUGUCACCUCUCGAUAUUCGAAUUUUUAAAACCAAGUUCGGGGAUUUCUCAAACUUCCCCUCCACACUACUCCCGCGUGUCGAUCAUAUAACUACCGGCCACGUGGUGGAUGACGCUCUAAGAAAGCGGGUCAGGUACCUGGGACAUCUUCCUCACGGCUGCGUUGUAAGUUUCCUGGAGUGUGAUUGGACGGAUAUAGUUCCUACGGACGUUCUGGAGACGUUUUCGGACGACCUAGAGCGUCGACGUAAGUCACAUCAGGACAAGGCGGCUCAGGAGGAGCGCGAAAGAUUACAGGCAGAACGCUUAGAAGCCUCUGCUAUCGGACGUAGCGCCAGGCGACACUUUGAUCAAACCAACCAGGACAAGUUCGAGCCGACUCCUACUAUGAACUCGGAAGACUUCCAGCCGCUUGGUGCCGUUGAAGGUACGUCCCCGCCAAACCCCCGACCGGGGUUCAGCCAGCUCGCAGACAUGUCGACUAGUCCGUCAACAUCGAAGACGGUAUGGGGAACCCGAGCGAUUCCCGCCUCGCCCCAAUUGGGACCCGUGCCCGAGCGCGAGCGCGAUGUUAAUGACGGCUGGUUAAAAGACGAUCAAUUUCUCGAUGCUGCUGAAAUAGCAAUGCAGAUGGAAGCUCUAAGCAUCGAACCUACGCAUGCCGGACCGAGCAACGGACCUAAUAGUGGUUCGAACAGCAAGAAGAAGAAGAAACAGAAGAUCACAUUGAUGAGCACUGGCGGCCGUCGCGGCGGCUAACAGUUUGCUGUCGAUUUCAAUGAAACUGUAUGCUUUUUGAUUAUUCUAUAACUAGGUAGGUUUGGCAGCAAUGGGCUAUUCGUAUGCGGGAUUGUUUUCUUAAAGUGUUGCUGCGUUCUGCAUUAGAACGGGACUCACUUUCUUACUAUAGGUAAAGAGCGAGGCGAUAUCGGCUAUGGCCGGUAGACAUGGGGGGUAUGGGAGAAGUCGAAGCGACGGAAUUCUCUACUAUACUCAAUAUAACUCUUGAAGCUAUGUCGUAAUAAGUAGCAAGACGUAUUUGAACGCGGUAGUGAUUCUAUUAC